GGCGGGUCACUGCGAGUCGAGUUUUUUUGGCAUCCCUACUAGUUUCCUAAAAAAAAAAGAGAAAAAAAAGAAAAUAUCUUCUGCUCCCUCGUUUAUUUAUCGUCUCCUCUCUCGCGGUUUGACCUCGAUUCUUCUUCUAUCUGUACUAAGCGCUUCAGAUCUCUCCACUUGUUCUCCAAAGCAUGGCCUUGGUAACCACUGCAGAAGUAUGUGAUGCAAAUCCGCAACUGAUUGUGGGUGGGGAGCUCCGUGCUCUCCAGCCAAUUUUCCAGAUAUAUGGAAGGCGCCAAGUUUUCUCCGGCCCAAUCGUUACCCUGAAAGUGUUUGAAGACAACGUUUUGAUCCGCGAGUUUCUCGAGGAGAAAGGUAAUGGAAGAGUUUUGGUGGUUGACGGGGGUGGCAGUUUGAGGUGUGCAAUAUUGGGUGGCAACCCUGUAGUGCAAGCCCAAAACAAUGGAUGGGCCGGGAUUGUGGUCAACGGAUGCAUAAGGGAUGUUGAUGAGAUCAACGGAUGUGAUAUCGGGGUGAGAGCUCUGGCUUCCCAUCCGAUGAAAGCCAAUAAGAAGGGUAAUGGGGAGAAGCACGUCCCAAUUUCCUUGGGUGGGACCAGAAUCUGUGACGGAGAGUGGCUGUACGCAGAUACUGAUGGCAUUCUCAUCUCCCGGACCGAGCUAUCUGUUUGAUCGAUAAUUAGAUGCACUUCUUGGCAUGGCCUAGUAAGCUGCUAAAACUUUUACUACAAUCGAAACUUUGAACCACUUAUAUUAAUGGGGCCAGGUGAUGAUCAGUAAUCUUGUGUUGGAAGAGAAUUUGAUGGACAUUAACAAGUACCCACGUCUCAUUUUUGUUUUUAAAGGUACCCUGUUGUUAUUUGCAUUUUGGGUUUGUGUUGUUGCCUUUUCUCCGUCUUGUUUUGUUGUAUACAAUAAAUAUUGUACUCUGACAUUGAUCUUUCGUCAAUCGUUAAAGGGUUUGUAAUGACAUUAUAAUUAUGCUAGAAUUAUUUUAUCAUCAGUAACUAAAUCUUACUUGGAGGUAUUGUUUUUUGUCUGCUUGCUUAUUACUCCCUCCGGUCCC